GAUUACUCGGUUCAUAUGAACGCUCCUUACUGGUUUAUUUACUGAGUUGCUUAAUUCCGCCAUUAAUAUCGUUUAUAGAGUUGACUAAUUCAGGGCAAGUGUUUGCUCACUUCCUAAGGGCAUCAUAUAAAUUACGUUAGUGGGGAGGUUGUUAUCUACUUGGAGACGAGCAGCUAUAGCAUUUAAACCUGGAGGGAAAAGCUGGCAGAACUUUGCAGACAACAUUUUCUGCCAGGGAUAUCUCGACAUCUUUGGUUUAGUUACGUUUUCCGCUAGUUAUCUAGCUAUAUUACUGCUUUACACCUUUAUUUAAAUUAGCUGCAAGAUGCGAGAGGCCUGCAUGAGGACUGUGACUCAUCGUCAAGCUAGUCAACUUCUCCAUAACAAAUUUGUUGUUGUGCUUGGUGAUUCAAUUCAGCGGUCUGUGUACAAAGACUUGGUGUUGCUUUUGCAAAGAGACUCUUAUCUGUCGUUAUCCCAGCUCAAACGCAAGGUCUUCUCUCGCUACAUGGAGAGCAUCCUUUCUGACUUCAAACAUGAGCUGAAGCCAGAUGUGGUCAUAGUGAGCUCCUGUGUUUGGGAUAUAUCAAGAUACAACCGUAAGUGGGUCCCAGAGUACAAGGAGAACCUAAAUAAAUUUUUUGUGCAGCUGAAGGCUGUUCUACCAGAGGAUAGCCUUGUGGUCUGGAACAUGACCAUGCCACUGGGCAAGAAGAUCAUAGGAGGCUUUCUGGUACCAGAGAUUCAGGACGUGGCCCCAACUCUUCGUUAUGAUGUGAUUGAGGCAAACUUCUAUGGUGCAAUGCUGGCAGAUGCAUAUGGGUUAGAUGUUCUAGACCUUCACUUUCACUUCCGGUUUAGCCUCCAGCAUCGCAUGAAUGAUGGGGUUCACUGGAAUGCUGUAGCUCAUCGUUAUAUCACGUGCUUGUUGCUGGCUCAUUCUGCUCAGGCCUGGGGUGUAGAGCUGCCCAACCCUCUAGCCCCAGACCAGAGUAAGACGUGGUUGCUGUAUUACAAGCAGACUCCAAAUCAAAGUGACUACAGUCCAGCAAGGUCCAUGGCAGAUUCUGGUCAUUAUGGAGCUUGUGAACAACAGCUGCAGUAUGAUGGCCUAUUUGGACCCCGUUAUUAUGAGGAUGCACUACCUACACGCUCUCAGUUCAGCACUGGUUACUUUAACUUUGAGAACAAAACUACCCAUAAUGGUGGGAGCUAUGACAACUGCCAUGGCCAUGGUGGUAAUGGCAGAACCAUGCUGCUGCCUGCUGCCCCCUCCUGCCCAGGGAACAACUUUGUGAUGAAGCAAAAACGCGCAAAGCGGCAGUCUAACCCAUACUCUCGGCAUAAUUCUAUCCGGUCAUACAGAUACUGAAAACAAGCAAUAAUGUGAUUUGUUUGAUGGCUGAAAUGUAGUGAUGUUCUUUAAAACCCUCAUCAGAAGGAACUAAAUGUGGAAACACUU